GUUCGAUAGCACUGUAAACUGCACAGUCUUUCACCUGAUGUCAUGCUCUUUUUAUCCUUUGCACCACCAAUUCCAGGCUGCUUGCAAUUUUUAGCUACUAUUAUUCAAGAAUUGUUUAAAUUUUGCCAUACUCCGUAAAAUAUUGAAGGGGAGAGUCAUGGACUAUGUUCAAAAUAUUUAGAAACGAGGGCAUUGACUCAUAUUUGUUGCUAUGGUAACAUCGGCAUAGACGAGCGCUUAUUCGUGAAACCGAACAGGACUGUGGCCUUUUUAUUUCUUGAGGGUUCUUCUGUGGUUCUUCUUUAUCAUUGAAGUGCUAGAGAAGUACGGCCAUAAAAAGCUAGAUGCCAUUUCCUGAGCUUCGAACUUGUGGCAUUUGAAGGGACGGUACUGGUUCUGAAGGUCCUUACUUUUCAUCUCUUUGUAAGGCCAUCAUGAGUGGAACAUUGAAAAAGAAGGUACUGCUGAUGGGCAAGAGCGGCUCAGGGAAGACUAGCAUGCGCUCCAUCAUCUUCGCGAACUACAUUGCCCGCGACACCAGGCGGCUCGGUGCCACUAUCGACGUCGAGCACUGCCACGUGCGGUUCCUGGGCAACCUGAUGUUGAACCUGUGGGACUGUGGAGGCCAGGAGGCCUUCAUGGAGAACUACUUCGCCAGCCAGCGGGACAGCAUCUUCCGUAACGUCGAGGUGCUCAUCUACGUGUUCGAUAUCGAGUCCCGUGAGCUGGACAAGGACCUGCACUACUACCAGUCGUGUCUGGAGGCGCUGCUGGAGAACUCGCGAGACGCCAAGGUGUUCUGUCUCAUCCACAAGAUGGACCUGCUGCGCGAGGACUCGCGGGAGGAGGUGUUCCGGGAGAGGGAGAAGGAGCUGCGCGUGCGCAGUAAGCCGCUCGACAUCACAUGCUUCAAGACGUCCAUCUGGGACGAGACACUCUACAAGGCGUGGUCCAGCAUUGUCUACCGACUGAUUCCCAACGUUCGGAUGCUGGAGUCGUGUCUGAAGCAGUUUGCCGACAUUAUUGACGCGGACGAGGUGCUGCUGUUUGAGAGGGCCACCUUUCUGGUGAUCAGCUGCUGCGAGCGGAAGGACCACAAGGACCCGCACCGACUCGAGAAGGUCUCGAACAUCAUCAAACAGUUCAAACUCAGCUGCAGCAAACUGGCGGCUCAGUGCCAGAGCAUGGAGGUGCGCAACUCCAACUUCUCGGCGUUCAUCGAGACGUUCACGGCCAACACCUACUGCAUGGUGAUUCUCUCGGACACCAGCAUACCUUCGGCGUCAACCAAGAUGAACCUGCGGAACGCUCGGAAGCAGUUCGAGCGGCUGGAGCUGAUGGACCGCCGGUGAGUGCACCUGUGACGUCAUCCGCCGCCCGUGAGUGGACCUGUGACGUCAUCAAACUGGCGGCAGAGCUGACAGAGACUCGUACCUGGAGUGGGCGGUCAGUAUGCAGUGACCACCGGUUUGGGAAGGGCUUUUGAAGGCAGAGUGUCCCACUGUGUAACCAGAAUGAAGAGAGAGGGCUGGCCGGGGAGGGGGAGGGGGGUCUCAGAGGCAGGACGGCAGAGCGCACAGUGCCAGUGUUUCUUGCCUGGGAUAUGAGUAAUGACCUGACCCAGUGAUCGGCAAGUUACGGGUGGUGUGACCCGCAGUAUGCCGCGGCCUGGUUUCCUACCAGCUGAUGCUUGUUACAGAUAUAGAACGGGACUGGGACGGCCUGACUAGUAACAGAGCGACGUAUUAGGUACACCUGGAGCGGUGGCGUGUAGCCGUUCACAGGAGAACGUAGUCGAAUGGGGCUGUUUAUUGAAGCGCAGGAUGGCGUCCUGGGUAUUAUUUUGUAUCAUGUGCAGUGACUCUCUGUUUUAUAAUGUCGUCAUGUUAACUGGCGGCUUAAGUUUAGGGUUUUACAGGCAGUCAUAGCUCCUUGUACUUGAGUAGUUUCCGUUUUCUACGUGUGCGAUUGCUUGAGCAGGUGGUUUGAAUAUGGUUGGAAUAAGUACUCAGUGAGUUCCUGCUGAUGGUUUCACAUGACAAAUGCUAGCGUAUGGCUUGAGCAUACUCCAGGGCUGGCUGUACACGGUUCGCCUCACUGGAGGAGGCUGGGUUUUGUACUUCGUGAGCGAGUAUAUCAUGUGCGGACAAAUAUGAGAGUAUAUAAUGGAUAAAUAUAUGUAUCAUUGCAGCGUGU